AUGUGUGCAAGUAAUAAUGAUAAAGGACGUAAUGAAAGUAAAGCUUCACAUGGUAAUGUUGAUGAUUGUUUAGUACGUUCAUAUAAUUCUUCAACAAGUUCAAUAAGAACAUUAUCUGAUGAUGAUAUUAUUGAUGAACUAUCAAUUAUUGUUUGUUCUUUAUUAACAUGUUUAUUAUUUAAUGGAUUUUGUAUUUUUAUUUGGUCGUUACUAAUUGAUAUAAUUUUUUGUGUUAAAUUAUCAUCAUUAAUUAAUGAUAAUAAAAUAUCAUAUGAAUUUAAAUCAACUUCAUGA